AUGCAUGUCAACACCUUGUUCACAGGUGUAAGAACUUUCGUACGAUUUACCCAGUCAUGGAAUUUCGCUUGCAGGUUGUCGAGGGAUGAAUUAGUCAGCUUCUUCGCCGCGGGACUCUGUAGUAAAGCAGUUGCUGCACUGUCGCCCGAGCAGAAAGAAAAUCUCAAUGCACUGGUGAAUACUCUCCGUGAGAAAGGCCUUAUUGUGGCCCCCGAGAGUGAUAGAGAAGGUGUCAGGUACAUGGCACACAUUAUGGAGCCCCUCAGAGUGAUUCACAGACCUCUAAUCACAUAUAUCUGGUCGCAUUACGUAGCUCUCUUAACGAAGGUUAUAAUCACUAUGGCUGGCUUUCAAUAUCGGAACAACGGGGCACUCAACUACUGGUACAGGCCCGGCAAAGCUACAAUGGACAAUAGAGAAGCAGCCGAAGAAAAUAAACCCGUACCCUUCGUCUUUCUUCAUGGUCUUGGGAUGGGUCUGGCACCUUACUUGCACUUCAUACUUCAGCUGGUAACGCACGUUACCUCCCGAAGAAGUGAUCUGUAUGUGCUAGAAAUGCCAUAUGUAGCUUUGCGCUUGGCCGCAGAGGUUCCGUCCAUGGAUACUAAAGCGGCGGCGAUCCAAACCGUGCUGAAAAGAGAUGGAUAUGAAAGUGCUAAUUUCAUUGGACACAAUUUCGGUACACUCGUUCUUGCGCGCUUGUGUAAGAUGCAUCCGGAGGUGGUGGCCAGCGGUACAUUCGUGGAUCCUAUCUGCUUCCUGCUAUUUCUGCCCGAUGUUCUCAAGAACUUCAUAUACACCUCUCCAAAGUGCGCGAGGGAUUGGACCCGAUAUUUGCUGUGCAGCAGAGAACUUUAUACGCAGCACACACUUUGUCGCAAUUUCUGGUGGUAUCAGCUGACACUCUUUGCAUACGAGUUUCCGCCUAACAUAAAUGUCCUUUUCAGCGACAAUGAUAACAUCAUCCCUGUAGCGGCUAUCAAGGAGUACUUACGCGAAAACCAAGCCAGUGUCAAGCACGUGGAGGUUCUCCAGGCUGCCGAUCAUGGACAAUUCAUAGCCAACUUCGCAUGGCAGGCUGCGAUCCUCGAGCAAGCUCUGUCGGAAGCCGCGUAGGGCUGCGUUGUAUCUAAUACAAUUGAAUUCGAAGAGAUAGUAGCAGAAGGUGUAGAUAGUCGCACUCCUGACCAGCAUAUAGGCACUUAUGUGAGAAAGAGUAUAUCAUUUAAGGGCGAAUCUCGGACCGCCAAGAACCACCUCCCGGACAAAACCCUCAGACGGGGAAGUUCACGCAUCGCUAUCUAUCGUAUCAGUCAGGCGGGUGCAGAAAAGAUCAAGAGUGAGAUUGUGGUGGACGGUCUAAUUUCCAAAGCACACAGGCGACAAAGCACACCGGCUUUACUCGGUAUGCGAUCGCUUUCCUGUAUCGGUUCGAUAGGUCUUGGCAGUAGUCUGUCGUCACGAGAUGCGGGUUAGCAUUUCAAGUUGGAGAAAAUGCGAACGCUGAGUGACAUUAGCUUAGAUGAGGUGGAUGAAGACCAGUCUGGUGCGAUUGAUUCUCGGAAAUGUAAUGCAAAUAAUUUGUCAACUGACUUACGAAGCGAGAGUGACCGUGCUACGCAACCGAAUAUGACAAUAUCCAAGCUUUGUCGACAAAAAAGCGUCAUCAGUGCGGAGACCUUCGAAGCCGAUCGCAAAACACGCGAUGUUUUUAUGCUUGCUUCGUUGGCUGGUGACUUUCGCGUGUGGUCUAGUCAGCUAGUAGUGGCUUUGUAUUUUGUGUUUACGUACGUUUACGACACUCUGUCUCCACGUUUAAGUUUUGCUGCUAUUUUGCGUUCAAGUAUAUAUGAAUGCGGCAUGUUCACCUACAAGCUGGUGUACAGUGUUUGGACUGAUUGGCAAAUUAGCGGAAGUGAGAAACUCAUGAAUACCUCGCGUUCCAUGUCCGCAUGGUCGGCCAGCAAUGAAAAUAUUUUUAAAUCAUAUGUAGUUUCAAAAAAAAUCGACCGGAGAUAGCAUCUGCCGAGCUAAAGUUCUUUGUCCAGAGCGGAAUGGGGGAUACGGAUAAUUUCGCCGCGGAUGUGUGCAAUGACGAUCUAUAUAUGGAUGGCCUCGGAAGCGCGCACGUGGGAAUCCGAAAACAACAUGCCGCAGUCCAUGUCCAAAUUUCCAUCGUUAACGACCAACUCAACAGCGAGGGUGGCAUUUAAUACUUGCGGUUUUCGAGAAGCUGCGCUUUUCUCGAUCAUAUCUAUGCACUUACAAUUUAUGUGUAUAGCUGAACUUGAGCGCGAUCCUUCAUACAUAUCAAUAAACUUC